AGUAAAUCUGGUCCUAUUACGGAUGAUAUUUUCCUUUCUGUUUCUCCAUUUACUCGUUCUACAAUCGCAUAUGAAAUUCUAAUUUGGAUUUUACUGUAUGUAUUUGUCACUACCGCUAUUUUACUGGCUGCAUGGAUGAUCGUUGUAAACUGUGAUGAAAUGUAGUUGAUUAACUUUAGUCUAGUUUAUUGAAGUAAUGGGGAAGAUUUGUGGCUCAGUUGGAUGAGUUAUCAAUAGGACAGAUUUAACAGAGGUUACUUCGUCCCUUCACUUACCUCAACAGGAGGCACAGCUGCAACCACAGGCAGACGGAACAGAUGAAGAUGUCAAAGCAAG